UUUUACUCUGCACGAUGAAAGGAUAUGUUAGGAUUAAGAAUAUUUGUGUAUAAAAAGUAUAUAAGCACGAGAGCUCUAGGAUUCAGCAUCAGUUGCAAUUAACGAAUUAGAGGAAGAGAGACGCAAAAUGAAAACCUCCAAGAUCAUCAGAUCGUCCGCCAUUCUUGGUACAUUUCUGUCAUCAACAGGCCGUGCCUUGCAUCUAGACAUGUAUAAGUUUGGUCGUGAUAUAGGGCAGGUUAGUCAGGAGAUGGGUGCCACAUUAGGGCGUGAGCUGCUGUCGCUCGGUGAGAGUGUUUACAGCUUUACCACAACCACUUCUGCUGCUGCUCUGUCUUACUUCUCGGCAACAGAUCUGCUCUUCUUUCUGGCCUUUUUGCUCUUUGUUGUUUCGUUUGUUCGUUGUGCUCAGUUUGUUCGUCAGUUCUACACUUCAAUGCAAGGCCUCAAAAGAAAAAUGGCAGAUCUUGCAGAAGAAAACAUACAGAUGAGGCUGAUUUUAACAGCUUAUAUGAACGACGCCGAGGAAGCCGAGAAACUCUUAGCUUUGAAAUUAAGCGCCCUUUCCCGGGAACAGUAUAGCUUGGGCAAGUGGCUGAAUUUCCACACCGACAUGUUCAGCAUCAGACUGAACAACAUGGAGAGCCAAGCUCACAAAGCACCACAGAGCCGUAAAUACAGAAGAUGAAGUAUUGAGCCAUAGCACCUUGAUUAUGAACUCUGCAUCAACCGUUUUUUAGAAUUUUAAACUAUGUU